GGAUAGGUUAAUGGACUGGUAGUGAAUGAACCAUCAACACACCUUCAAAGAGUUUCAUAGAUCCAUACGGGUAGAUGCAUAUGGCUAGAAUCUGCCCGUGUUUCCCCUUGAGGAAAGGCCGGAAAGAUGGUACACUACACUAGUCUGAGGAAGCGACCCCGAAUACUAUUCUUAAAGCUGGGGGUUUGUUCGAAACACAAACACAAACACAGUCACAAACUCCAAUAUCACACACACAUAUACACAUAUACAUACACCACCAAACCUAUCCAUCCAAUAUUUUGACAACCUUGCCAUCCUCGUCUCCGUUACAGAUAGUCAUCAGAUUUCUCACAAUUCAUUCAAGAACUUCAUAGUUCAUUGCAGCCAAAAUCAUUCGCCAAUCACCAACCCGGCCUGAUCGAAAAUGCGUCGUUUCUACAACUAUACCUCUCCAGUGAAGUGGAGUCGGAGUAGUCAACAACCUCACCAAGGUUCCCACCUAAGGGCAUCUAUUUUGACUCUGAGAUCAUUUACGGUUGAUGCUGAUAGUAAAUCACCAACCAAGAACAACUUCGAACAAGAUUACCUCCUUAAAUAUCAAGGUCGGAUCCCUCUUCCACGCAAAAAGUUCGAGAGAGUCCCAGCAGGGCAAGGCCUGCUCUUUGAGAUGUUGCCGGAUACUUCCAAAAUGAUUUCCAAGAAACUAUUGUUGGAAAAAUGGGAUAAACACGUUGAUAAACAUUCAGGUGAAUCAUAUAUUACAAACAAUUCGGAGCCAUUUGAUGGUCAAAGCGAAAGAUUGUUCAAACUGGAAGAGGAGUUUAGAAGAGAACAACAGAAAUCCACAGAAGCACAAGCAGAGUUUAAAAGAGAACAACAGAAAUCCACAGAAGCACAAGCAGAGUUUAAAAGAGAACAACAGAAAUCCACAGAAGCACAAGCAGAGUUUAAAAGAGAACAACAGAAAUCCGCGGAAAUGAAAAGAGCAUGGGAUAAGGAAAGGCAGGAAAUCAAUAUGGGAGAGUUUAUCAGGGCCAAAAUAUAUCUUGUCAGACUAUCGCAUGAAAACAAUACGAAGGUUCGGAUAGAUCUAUCACCACUAGAAAAGAGACUAGCAGAGGAACGAAACAGAAAUGCUCACAGACUUGAUUUGUCAAUAUCAAUCAAGCAAGUCACCCAGCACAAGUGCUUGAAUUUGGGUUUGAUUUUCCAAGCUCUCUAUGGAAUUUCUCAGGAGGAAGUCAAGAGCCUCUUGGAAAUGGACAAACAAUGUGGUGGAAUGUUUCAAGUGGAGAGUAUUGUGGGAUAUCAUGGAACGCUCUAUGCUCGAAAAAUACCCAGCGGAUUUCUCCAACCAUUCAAAAAAUGGCUGGAAGCAGUUCGAAAGGUGAAAUCCCAAAUCGAUGAUACAAUAGGACUAGACGCCUGUCAAGAAGACACUGUAACAGCAUGCUCGGCAUUGAUUUCUAGAGUUGAUGAUACACUUCUCCAGGAAGUCGGAAGACUGGGUCAGAUUUGCAAAGAAAGAUAUGAGGGCGACAACAAUCAAUCAGGAAUUAGAACCCAUGGCCACGACGAAUCAAUCAUGGAGGACUUGAAAGAAAGAGGGCUUUUGUCAAAGUUUAGGGCGAUCUAGGCCAGGGGGAAACAGGACAGUGUGAGUGUGGAUGUGGAAACAUAUUUGAAGUAGGAGAAAGUAGUUCCAAUGAGUCUAGCUGAUGGCGUAGAGAAUAAGAAAGGGGCGAGAAGGGUGAGGUUAAAGCAUCUGGUGGCAUUUUAGCUUAGGGUACUUUGAGUAGUGCGAUUUGACAGAUCUAGAGAGCAAUUCCAUGGACCAUGGGGAGAUGCAAUACUUGCCUGCCAAAGGGCUUUCAUACACACAAUCUCAAAUAUCCAGAUAAAUCAUUAUGACGAAAGUA